UCACGCACGACCUCCGACCUAACGCGUCAAUUUUGAAUACAUAAAUAAAAUAAUUAUCAUAAUUUCUUUGUUCGCACAACUCUGACCUUAUUAUUAUCUCUAGAUGAUUAUUAUUACAAAUUAACUUGUUUUUUAAUUCGCUAGUAGUUCAUUUACCUCAUAUUUUGACGGUAAUAAUGGCUUCUAGGUGGCGACUAAAAACUAGUUUUUUUAUAUUAUUUAUUGUGUUUUUUACGGGAUGUGAUUGUAAAUAUGGUUUUAUUACGUGGGUUGAUAACAAAGCAGAGAUAUCUGUAAGUGACUACUAUGCCGAUAUCCCGGAUUUGCAUGUCGCCAAAGCUACGUACCGGAAUGAAAUCAACAGUACCGGUUGGGCAUACUUGGAGUUACACACAUCAGAAGAUUCCAGUGAUGAGAAGCAGGCGUACGCUGCAGGCUACCUGGAGGGAUUCCUCACCAGGGACCUCAUAUGGAUGCACUGGCAGAAUAUGCUUAAAGGAUAUUGUUACAAUAAAACGGAUGUGUGUAGUCUGAUAGAAGACUUUGUGGACAAAAACGAGGCCUACAUCUCAUCCAUGAUACAGAAAAAUCCCAAGGAUCCAUAUUGGUAUCAGAUGAAAUUAUACUACAUUCAGUUGGAGGGGCUCGCUGUUGGCUAUAACGAGGCGACGAAGAAUGCAUAUGAAUUACUCACUAUAAGAGAUAUUAUCUGGAUUAACAUGCUAGGAGAUUUAGACGAGCUGGCGUUCGCGCUGUCAAUGCCGAAGGUGUCUCCGGACGGUAUGCUGUUUCCUGAACACUGCACCGGCCUCGUCAAGUUGCUGCCUGAUCUCAGCAAUUUGUACACGUCACACGUCACCUGGAACAGCUACCAGUCUAUGCUUCGGUUUCACAAGAUGUACGUGCUGAAGUACCGCAUAUCGUCGGGCAGUAAACGCCGCAUCCCCGGGUACAAGAUGUCGUUCACCUCAUACCCAGGCUUCGUACAGUCUACGGACGACUUCUAUGUGAUAUCAUCAGGGCUGGUGGCAGCCGAGACCACCAUCGGCAACAGUAACCGGACGCUGUUCGAACUGGUCAAGCCCGUCGGACAGAUCCUAGAGUACGCGAGGUCGAUGGUAGCGAAUCGUUUGGCUCGCAACGGCAAAGAGUGGGUCGAGAUAUUCAGAAGACACAACAGCGGCACAUACAAUAACCAGUGGUAUAUCGUGGACUUUAAUAAGUUUACAGCGAGCGGGGCCAAUGUGAAGGGAUCCAUACGGCCCGGCCUCCUGUGGGUCAUAGAGCAGCUGCCUGGCUACACGGAGUCUGCAGAUCUAACUGAGCAACUGAAGAGGGAUACGUACUUCCCGUCGUACAACAUACCGUAUUUCCCGACGGUGUUCAACAUGAGCGGCGGCAACGAGCGCGUACGCACGUACGGCGACUGGUUUGGAUACAACACCAACCCCAGGGCCAGGAUCAUCAAGCAGAAGCAGGCGAACAUUCACAACAUCCGGGACAUGUACGAGACGAUGCGGUACAACGACUACAAGCACGACCCGCUGUCGCGCUGCGAACAAUGCCGCCCGCCCUACAGCGCCUGCAACGCCAUUGCAGCCAGGAACGAUCUCAACCCCGCCAACGGUUCGUACCCGUUCCGCACGCUGGGCCACCGCAGCCACGGCGCCACCGACGCUAAGAUCACCAGCGCGCACCUUCGCAACACGCACCAGUUCGUGGCAGUCUCCAGCCCCCCACACAACAUCUCCAGGGGGGUGCCGCCUUUUGCGUGA